UAAGCUUAUCACUCGGGUCCCUCGAAAUAAAAACGCGACAUAGAUAUUUCCUCGCAGCCACCGUACAGUAACCGUUUGCGCAUGCGCCCUUUUCAAGUCAACAAUGGCGGCCUCCGUUGGUGUGUGUAGGUUACACAUGAGGGGCUCGGGGAAGCUUAUUAAAGGUUGUCUUGGAGCGGUACCUCAAUCAAAAAGAAGAUUGGCUACAACUACAUCACAUUUGAAAGCACGAGCAGUAAAACAAACAGCGACAUCCGCAAAGGAGAUUAAAUCAUUCCAAGCAAUACAGGAAGAAAGAAGAGAACAAGCUGAAAGAUCGGUCUUAAUCAGCUGUCCGGCUAAAAUAAACGAAAACAAGUUUUUGGAUGACCUGUCAAAACAUGGGGCAAUCAACAAACAUUUUUUCUACAACAGCUAUGGAACAUAUGCUGUUGUUGAAUUCUCCAGCAGAGAGAGCAUCAUCUCAUUGAAAGAGAGAACUAACAUACCAGCUGUUCAACAUGAAGCCGCUGUACCAUUCAAAUCCCGAUUGCUUACAGUCAAACAGACUGGGUCUGGGAGUUAUUCUAUGCCAAAUUUCAAGGAGCAUUCCCCACCAACCAUCAAUGACAUUAUUAAACUGCUCUCUGAACAGGACAGUAUAGAUGAGCAACUGCUGUGUCUAACAGAGGCCUUACAGCUUACAGAAGAGAACAUCAGCCUGCGCUUCUUGGUCUGCUCUCUUCUUAGAGACAUAGCGGCUGCGUAUUUCCCAGAAUGCAUUAUCAGGCCUUUUGGCUCAACUGUGAACAGCUUUGGAAAAUUGGGUUGUGACCUUGACAUGUUUCUGGACCUCGAUGGCAUCUAUGCACCAAGCCAAAAAUCGGGUUCAGGUGUCUCUCUGGAGUACCAGGUAAAGAGAGGGGCAUCAGAGCGAGUUGUCACCCAGAAUAUCCUCUCAGUCGUUGGGGAAUGUGUAGACAAGUUUGGCCCUGGAUGUGUUGGGGUCCAAAAAAUUCUCCAAGCUCGAUGUCCUCUUGUCCGCUUUGCUCACCAGCCGUCUGGCUUUCAGUGUGACCUCACUGCCAAUAACAGGGUGGCGAUGAAGAGUUCAGAGCUGCUGUUUUUGUACGGGACCCUGGACCCUCGUGUUCGGCAUCUGGUGUUCAGCGUGCGGUGCUGGGCUCGGGUUCAUGCCAUCACAAGCAGUAUUCCAGGACCAUGGAUCACCAACUUCUCUUUAACGGUCAUGGUGUUGUUCUUUCUACAGCAGAGGAGUCCUCCAAUACUGCCCACCCUGGACCAAUUGAAGGAACUGUCAGGAGCAUCAGAUAAGUGUGUCAUUGAAGGUAAUGACUGCACUAUUGUCAGUGACCUCAGCAAGAUUACGGUGCAAAAUAACACGGAUACAUUAGUGACACUGUUGCAGGAGUUCUUUGAGUUUUAUGGCAAUUUUCCCUUUAACAAGGCAUCAAUCAAUAUUAGGAAGGGAAAGGAUCAGAUCAAACCAGAAACAUCCGCUUUGCACAUCCAGAACCCAUUUGAAAGCGCUCUGAACGUUAGCAAGAACGUUAACGCAACACAGCUAGAACGCUUUGUGGCACUUUGUCGGGAAAGCGCGUGGCUUCUUCAGCAGAGGGAGGUUCUUAACCGAAGUUCUAGCCAAUCGGCCGAAUCUGUUUCACCGUGGGGAUUCGCCGCUCUUCUCCUUCCUUCAGUCACUGCAGGAGCAGGGGUGAAAAGUCGCAGGAAGAGAAAACUGGAACCAGCUAGCUCAAGGAUAAAAAACCUGUUAGACUCUCUAAAGAUCAAAGGUGCUGACGGCGCUGCUAAGAAGGGAAGUAACAAUCAUAGGAGGUGAUAUUUCUGACAAAUGUUUCUCACCUUGAGGAAAAGGGUAAAAUGGUUCGGCCAUUAAGAACUCGUUUUUUAAAGUCCAGUGUGCUCAACAUGGAAACACGAGAUGUGUUUAUAUACAACACGUAUAUUUGUACAUUCAAAGUAAAUAAACUGUGUGAUUAACAUUCAAACUGUCACAUGGUGUUAUGACAAGACAUGGUUUCCCUUUUUAAGAAACGUAUACUAAGCUCAUUCUCCGUACCACUAAGUGUUUUGCAUAAAAGGGAAACUCUGUAGAUCACACAUCAUGAUAUGGCAUAUAGGAGGCAGAAGUCUACUGCAGUAUUUGACUUCUAAUGGAGCUUGAUGGUUGUUGUGCUGGUCUGAUAACAGCAGUCAUUGCUGUCUCCGUUGCAGUGGAGCAGAACCUCUGAACGAUAAAUAGCUUUCAUAGAGCAGAAGCAAUGUUUUAAUUUAGUUAGAUCACACACAGACUCCAUCCUCUCAGCGUUGCCAUACCAACACUGUGGCCUAAUGACUGAAUGAGAUGUUAUGGAAGCAGCAUAGGUGAGUUCAGUCUGUGAUGGUGUAAUGAGAAGCACACAGAGAAUAAAAGUUUCUGUCAAGCAGUGUACAUAAAUAUUCAACCUGUUUUGUUUAAAGAUCCUGUGAAAUCGCAAUGAAUGUUUUCUGGCUUUUCGCCAAAAAAUAAAAACAUCUAUAUGAAGAUUUUCAGAUGCAAAACCCUUUAAGUGCCUCUGACAUUUUUUUGGUGGUGAAUGAAUUUUUUUUUAUCAGACUUGUAAUGGAUUCUGCCAGGUAUUUCUGAAAGACCUGAGGCCGGGAUUAAGCGGAUUUUAAGCGAAAAUAUUUGAUGCAUGUAUAAUAUGUGCAGAGAGCAUUCGGUUAAUGUCAUUAUCUAAUUUUUUGACAGAGGUGGCAUUUAGAGGCUUUUGCAUCUGAGCUCUUUAUACUUUUCUGUAGUCCUAAAUGUUGAGGAAACUCUUUUUAACCAGAUUUGAAACUUACUAACUUAUUCUUCAGAGCAAUGACACUGAUGAGUCAUCAAGCACUAACCACAUUUUUGUCCAAUCAGAUGCUUUCUAGAAUGUUAAUGUCACUCCUCCACAUGCCACUACAAAAAAUGCAGCAUGAAGUUAAAACUUGGUUUUGCAAGUCAAUUCAACCUACUACUUAAAGUUUUGACUUAAGUUGACAUAACUAAUUUGACAAAACUAGUUGAAAUUGUUUAACUUGAUUUGUUAAGUUAAAGUAACAUAAAAAUAUAUGUUAGUAUUUUUUACAGCGUACCUAGUCGUGGUUUGUGGAUGUGACCAAACUAAAUCCUUUUGGCUUCUUAGUCGGAAGUUGUGAUGUUGGUUUUAAAUGUAUUUGUGAAAUGUCUGCAUAAAACAACUUUUGAUAUGAGAAAAGUGUAGGGCGGGGAUUUUAAUCAUCUUUCAGGAAGUAAUGGAUAGUUGGAAGUCUGGCCAUCGGACUGUCAAUUUAGCCCUGCCCUCAGGCUAAGACAUACAGCAUAAACAGAGGAGAUAAUAGGCUUGUUCAACUUUAUGCGGUGCCACAAGAAUCGACAGCCAGAUGACGUCAAAGUACCACAAGAGCGAUUCGUGAAAUCAUACGGAGGAGUUUGCUUUCAGUGAACUUUGACGUCAUCCAGCUGUCAGUUCUAGCGGCGCAAUAUUGAAAGGCAGAUGAACAUCAAAGUACUGCGAGAGCGAUUCAAAGGCAGACUCCAGCGUAUGAUUUCUCGGAUCACACUCAUGGUAGUCUGAUGACUGUUGGCGCCACAUGAAGUCAAAGACACUUUAAGUUUUUAAUUAAAGAUUAUGAGGCCACAUGAAUAAUUAAAAAGACCUGCAUGAAAAAAAUAUUUAUAAAAAUUGUCAUUUUCAAUUUCACUGUGACUUUAAAAUUGAAUGGUAGGUCCUCUGAUAUGUCACAUUCAAAUGUACAUGUUUUGUCAUUGCAUGGUGUCUUUCUUUAUGUCCCUGCAAAGUCAAUUUUAUAAAUGUUAGAAAAGUAUUAGUUAAGUAUUCAGUAGGCGGGCCUAAAAAGUUGGCUCGAUGAUGCACUUGAGCCACUGCACAUGGCCCCGCCCCUAACCAUAAGCGAGCAUGCAUUCAGGUUGUAGAGGUAUUUUAAUGUUGAGAGAGAUUACAUCUUUCCGCCGAGUGGGUGUGGUUUCAGCGCAAACAGUGGAUAGCCCUUGAGAGAAGAAAAUGCUGCCUAUUUUUUUAAGAUUUUGAUAACUCAUUUAUGUGGCAUUUUUUCCAUAAUUUAAAUUUGGUUGGGUGGUUAAUAACACAUUGUUCUGUGGUGUGACAAACACAUUUAAUAUCUGACUUUACAGGAGCUUGAAUAUGUUGUGAUGCAGGUGCAUUUACCAUACUUGUGAUUUAUUUCUCCAACAUGUGUCUUAUUGUUUGGAAAAUCAUAACAUGUUACUCUUCGAUGGUUUAAAGCAACACUAUGUAGUUUCCAUGUAAAAAUGACUUACAGCUCCCCCAUGUGGUUGAAAAGCGCAACAGUGCCUGGUAUCAGACACUCUCCUGCAGGCAGGGGGAGGGGCGGGGCUGUGUUUCCUACCCUCCACCGCCACUUUCAGAGUGUGCUUGUAGCAGCUAGGAGGUUUCUCAGGUUGCAGCAACAGUACAAUUUGUCCAGUUUAAAGUUGUUCUAUCACUGAAAUAAUUUAAGAGACAUUAUUUAAAAGUAAAAAAACUACAUAGUGUUGCUUUAAAGAUGGCAUGGGAGCAGUGAAGAACUACAAAGCUUUAAGUUGGUUCGAGGAAACGGGCAGUGAGAAGUUGGCACACACUGUGGAAAUAAUAGUACAUGUGUUUCAGCCCAUAUCACUGGACAAGCAUUGCUAAGGGAGGAAAAUGAUAAUAGGAGAAGAUGAAAGAGUGUAGUCUCAAGGGAGCGCCGGGUAGUGGUUGAAGUGUACAUGGAGGUUUUACAACUUGACUUGAUGAGGUCACGGGUCAAAAAGUAAAGUUAAAAAACGUGCCUGUAUUAACCUCACCACUUCCAUUGAAAGGAAAAGAAAAACACAGGGACUUUGUCACUCUUAAACCAUAUGACUUCACUUGAACUUCAGAUGCUGCGUGAGACGACGAGAAAGGUCAUGGGGUCUCUGAAACGGGGAAAGGAUGGAGUGUUACAGGAAGUAAUAUAGAGGGGCCAAAACAAUCCUUAAGUAUUUUCACAGGUGUACUGUCACCCAAAGCUGUCCAGUGGCAGAUGUAUCUGAACAGCUGCAAGACUUUGGGGCAUUUUGAGCAUAUUCUGGGUUUGACAUCAGUCUGUUUACAAUACUUUACUGCUCACUCAUCUCUUUAUAUGAGAUGCAGUCUAAGUAUACACAAUGUCAGUUUCGAUACAGCAAUGCUAAUAUUUAUAAACAUUGUCUGGUUGAGGACUGUUUUCUUUAGUCGUAUGGUAAUAAUAAUGAAAUGUUUGGGGUCACUAAAUUGUAACCUUUUCCAGAACCUCAUCUGGAUAUUAGCCUAAUUGUAGCCUGUAUGCAUGAUCUGUUAUUGUUUUGUUUUUUCAAUUUUUUGUAAAUUAAUCGGCCCCCACACAUUUGAUUUAUUGGUGUUUCUAGAAGCAGAAUGCAGACUUUUUAUUCCCUUUUCUUUUUGUAUACACAUGGCUCCAAGAAUUGGUGAAGGCAUAAUUUGGCUUGUAUUGCAUUUGUGUUUUUAUACAUUGUGGCUCACAGUGCAUUAAAGUUAUACAUUUUGUGUUCACUUGGAAUCAAACUCAGCAACGUAUAGCAUUGUUAGCACCAAUCCCCACAUAUUGAGCUUCAUACUGUCAAAAAAAAAGGAUCAAAAUACAGGGUGUACCCCAGCUGUCACUGGGGCGGUUCCCUUUCCAAAGUACAGCUUUGCAUCUAAAUAGUUUAUAUUAGUACCUCAGAGGUACAUAUUAGUUUCUCAAAGUUAGGGGUGAGUGGGACACAAACUAACGCUGGGUUAUAUUGUAACACGGUUACUUUACAUAGUUGUACAACGCUGAGCAAUCUGUGCUUUUGGUGUUUUUCUUCUUACUGCCAGAAGAUGAUCUCCUGUGAAUUUGUGAAAAGUUUUGAUGUGCUUUCGUUAAGAUGUUGAACAAAGUGUUUUGGAGGCAUGGAAGUACAUUUCUUCGUCUUAUGGUUUUUUUUCUUCGUCGGGUGUGUAAGCCACCAAAUCCAACCUUAUAUUAUUCGAUAACUGUUUUGUUACCUAAAACAUAACACCGUUUUAAAACAUGUCAGCAACUCCUAGUAACUGAUAGCUGGGAUUGAAGACAUUUUUACACAGCACGGGGUUAGUUGUAACACAGGGUUACAGUUAAGCCUCAGGUAUACACUGAUAAUAAAAUAAAAACAAUGUAAAUACUAUUAAUCAAAAUGAAAACUGUUAUUACAAUAGCAGGGAAAAUAACUGACAAUUAUAAUGUUUUUUUUUUGUCUUAAUUGUGCAGCCCUUAAAAAAAUUAUUUAUAUGGAUUGCUGCAAAAUACAAAGAUGGUUU